CGCAAGUGCUCACAACUCGCGAGUGACACUGACAUCAGUAGUUUAAUGAUCAGUCGGCAAGUUAAACUUGUGUAAUCAUUUAAAUUUAUGCGUGUUUAAUUUUAAUAAUAAAACACGCAGUAGUGGCCGAUGUUGCUGUUUUUUCGACUUUACUGAUUUGAUACCAAAACACGCCGAAAGCACGACUCGAAACGAAAAUUAAAAAAUCUAGUCAAUAAAUUGUUAUUUGUUUAUACAAAAUUUACAUAAAAAUGAUAUAAGCAACUGUGUUACUAGAGUAGUCUAAGAUUGUACUUAUUUUAUUCGAUAUUAAGUUUUAAAUAAGUGUAAAUAUGCAGAUAUUGAAGGCACGUUUCGCUCUAAGAGCGUCAGCAUCACAGUUCCAAGCAUGGAGUACGGCCAAAGGACGUACUGCGUCUUCGGACGCCAAGAAGAAUGUGGAAUACAAGCCAAUCAGGAGCGUCCUGGUGGCGAACAGAGGAGAGAUCGCCAUCCGAGUGUUCAGAGCAUGUACCGAGCUGGGGAUCAGAUCGGUAGCCAUCUACAGUGAGCAGGAUAAGCUGCAGAUGCACAGACAAAAGGCUGACGAGUCAUACAUAGUUGGUAAGGGUCUACCGCCAGUGGAGGCGUACCUCAGCAUUCCUGAGAUCAUCAGGGUAGCCAAGGAAAACGAUGUUGAUGCCGUCCACCCCGGUUAUGGGCUGCUGUCUGAAAGAUCAGACUUCGCCCAAGCGAUCCUUAACGCUGGACUUCGGUUCAUCGGUCCCUCGCCGUUUGUGGUUCAGCAGAUGGGUGACAAGGUCGCCGCCAGAAAAGCUGCUAUUGAUGCCCAGGUUCCAAUCGUCCCCGGUACGGACGGGCCCGUCACAACCAAGGAGGAAGCACUGGAGUUCUGUCAACAGCAUGGACUUCCUGUUAUCUUCAAGGCAGCCUAUGGCGGUGGUGGUCGCGGUAUGCGAGUGGUGCGCGAGAUGAGUGAGGUGGCGUCCUCCUUCGAGAGGGCCUCCUCCGAGGCGCUCGGGGCCUUCGGGAACGGGUCCAUGUUCAUCGAGAGGUUUAUCGAGAGACCCAGGCAUAUUGAGGUGCAGCUGUUGGGUGACAAGGCUGGUAACGUGGUCCACUUAUAUGAGCGCGACUGCUCUGUACAGCGGAGACAUCAGAAGGUUGUGGAGAUCGCGCCCGCACCACAUCUUGACCCUGAGACCAGGAAGAAGAUGACAGACUGCGCGGUGCAUCUGGCGCGGUCCGUGGGCUACGAGAACGCGGGUACUGUGGAGUUCCUGUUGGACGACAAGGGCAACUUCUACUUCAUUGAGGUUAACGCCAGAUUACAAGUAGAACACACAAUCACAGAAGAAGUAACCGGCAUCGAUUUAGUACAAUCUCAAAUACGUGUGGCUGAAGGUAUGACUCUACCUGAGAUGGGACUGACACAAGACAAGAUUAACGCGCAAGGGUUCGCCAUACAGUGCAGAGUGACCACUGAAGACCCCGCGAACAACUUCCAACCUAGCACCGGAAGGAUUGAAGUGUUUAGGUCUGGUGAGGGUAUGGGUAUCCGUUUGGACUCCGCUUCGACUUACGCUGGCGCUGUCAUCUCACCAUACUACGACUCGCUUCUUGUUAAGGUAAUCUCCCACGCACAUGACCUGCCAUCAUCAGCAGCUAAAAUGAACCGAGCGCUGCGCGAGUUCCGUAUCCGAGGCGUGAAGACCAACAUACCCUUCUUACUGAACGUACUUGAGAACCAGAAGUUCCUUAAUGGUGCCGUCGAUACUUACUUCAUCGACGAGAACCCACAGCUAUUCAUGUUCAAGGCAUCUCAGAACAGAGCCCAGAAGAUCCUGAACUACCUUGGACAAGUCCUAGUAAAUGGCCCCGCUACCCCCCUGGCCACUAAGAUACCGCCGGCUGAUGUCAAACCUUACAUUCCUGCGGUACCUUUGGACCUAUCCCCAGAGGCUAUUAAAAGACAAGAACUAACAGGGGAAAAUACAGCCGUUCAACCACCAAAAGGCUACAAGCAGAUCUUAAACGAAGGCGGUCCCGAAGCAUUCGCGAAGGCCGUACGCCAGCACAAGGGUCUACUUUUAAUGGACACCACAUACAGAGAUGCCCAUCAGUCCCUGUUAGCGACCAGAGUCAGGACCCACGACUUGCUGGCCGUGUCGCCAUAUGUCGCACAUAACUUCAGCAACUUGUAUUCGCUUGAAAACUGGGGUGGAGCCACUUUUGAUGUCGCUUUGAGGUUCCUUCACGAGUGUCCGUGGGAGCGUCUGCGUGACAUGAGGCGCUUGAUCCCCAACAUCCCCUUCCAGAUGUUGUUGCGAGGUGCCAACGCUGUCGGCUACACCAACUACCCUGACAACGUCGUCUUCAAGUUCUGUGAUAUGGCUGUCAAAAACGGCAUGGACGUCUUCAGAGUAUUCGACUCUUUGAACUAUCUCCCGAACUUGAUCCUCGGUAUGGACGCGGCUGGUAAAGCCGGCGGUGUGGUCGAAGCCGCUAUCUCUUACACCGGUGACGUAUCAGACCCCAACAAGAAGAAGUACGACCUUAAGUACUAUGUGAACCUAGCUGAUGAACUGGUAAAGGCAGGAACCCAUGUGCUCGCUAUUAAGGAUAUGGCGGGAUUAUUGAAACCUCAGGCAGCUAAGAUGUUGAUUGGCGCGAUCCGCGACCGUCACCCAGACGUCCCCAUCCACGUCCACACCCACGACACGUCGGGUGCCGGUGUGGCCGCCAUGUUGGCGUGUGCUGAGGCCGGGGCUGACGUAGUGGAUGUCGCUGUGGACUCCAUGUCAGGCCUCACCAGUCAACCCAGUAUGGGAGCACUCGUGGCCUCGCUGCAAGGAACAAAACUGGAUACUAACAUCGCCCUCCAAACGGUAUCAGAAUACUCAGCGUACUGGGAACAAGCCCGUACUCUGUACGGACCCUUCGAGGCCACGGCUACCAUGAAGUCUGGUAACGCCGACGUCUACCUUAACGAGAUUCCCGGAGGACAGUACACCAACCUGCAGUUCCAGGCCUUCUCUCUCGGUUUGGGAAGCCAGUUUGAAGAAGUUAAGAAAGCAUAUAGGGAGGCCAACCUUCUCCUUGGUGACAUCAUCAAGGUAACUCCUUCAUCCAAGGUAGUGGGAGACCUCGCGCAGUUCAUGGUACAGAACAAGCUGACGGCGGAUGAGAUCCGCGCGCGUGCUGAAGACCUGUCCUUCCCCAAGUCUGUGGUGGAGUACCUGCAGGGAGCCAUCGGUAUCCCACACGGAGGAUUCCCGGAACCACUCAGGUCACAAGUAUUGAAGGAUAUGCCUAGAAUCGCAGACAGGCCUGGCAAGGAACUGCCUCCAUUAGACUUCGACAAACUGAAACAAGAUAUCGUUGAAAGUUAUCCUGAGGUAUCUGACCAAGAUGUCAUGUCUGCCGCUAUGUACCCACAAGUGGCGAACGAUUUCUUCCGCAUCCGAGACAAGUACGGACCCGUCAAGCAUUUGGACACCAAGACUUUCCUUGUUGGACCUAAAGUUGGAGAAACGAUAGAAGUUAAGAUCGAGCGUGGAAAGACAUUAGACAUUAAGACCAUUGCCGUGUCUGACGAGAUGACCGCGGCCGGAGAGAGAGAGGUGUUCUUCGAGCUGAACGGACAACUGCGGUCUGUGUUCAUUAGGGACGAGAACGCUAGCAAGGAAAUGAAAAUCCAUCCAAAGGCUGUGAAGGGUGACAAGAACCAGGUCGGAGCGCCGAUGCCAGGAACAGUACUCACAAUCAAGGUGAAAGAAGGUGACAAAGUCGAGAAGGGCCAGCCCAUCGCCGUCCUCUCCGCCAUGAAAAUGGAAAUGAUCGUCCAAGCGCCCAAAGCGGGAACAGUGAAGACCGUGUCCAUCACGAAUGGACAGAAACUCGAGGGAGACGACCUAAUCUGCACCAUCGAGGACUAGACAUAAGGCCCAAACUCAAACGGCGUUGUGAUAAGACUUAAUAUCAUUCGGCACAAAAAUAACCAAACUUUUACUUUCGAUACUCCAAAACGAUUUAGUAACUUAUAGCAUUUGAAUAGUUAUUUGAUGAGUGUUUUUAUAUUAUGAAUGUUAUGUUGAAUCAAUUAUGGAAUUUUAAAAGACAUUUUUUUAUAUUACAAAGAAUGAUCAGUGUAUGGGCUUACAUUUGUAUAUAAAUGUGAUAUUAUCACACUAUUUAAUAGUGUCAACUUACAGUGACUUAAAAGCAUCACAGUACAAAGUGAACGGAAAUUAGUUUUAGCAUAAUAUAUGAAAAUUAUUGUGGAAAAUCGAAUAGUUACGUGUAAGGCGAAAUUAAUGAAAUUUUUAAAUGUAAGUAUGUAGUGGAACGUGGAACGUAUGAUCAGGGUGUAAAGUUAGCUGCUGCACAGACUGAAUACAAAAGAAAAAAUGGACUUCUUUCUGAGGGUUCACUUUAUAAAUUAUGGACUAGAUUUAGGUAAAUCCUUGAAAAGCGUAACAGAAUUUGCAACAAUUCAGUAUAGAAAUAGCAGAGUCCAGUCUAAGUCCAUAGCACAGACAUAACCAAAUAAACUGUUGUAUGGUUUCUAAAAAAUCGGUUUUUAAGUUAUCUUCCAUUACAUUAGUAUCCAGUCUAUGGGGCAUUAGAAGAGUAUAGACACGUCACAAUACAUUAUUCCUAUCGGUUAUUCCUGUGACCUCUCUAUACUUCGUUAAGUUAUUGUUUUUAUUCGGUUAUCGUAAGACGAUUCGAGUUCCGGUGCUCAUUUGUUAUUCAUUAUUUGUUAAUUUCCUAUCAUCAC